AUGGCCCACCUAACCCGAGAAGAAGUGCUGAAAUCAGGAGAAGUCUCUCCGGAAUACAGAAAGGCCUUCGAAACACGGCCAGUGGAGAUCAGUGGAUCGGACUUCUUCGAGCAGCGCGCAGCGAGAGCCGCACACCUCGAGAAACUGCGCCAUUUAUACCCGAUCCCAGGUCCUAUCCCAGACUCCGUGGUCGAGACGAUGCACGAUGUGCCUACUAGAGAUGGCUCGACUAUCCGUGUGCGCGUCUACCAGCCCAUCAAAGGGCCACCUGAGGGUGGAAGUGCGCUUAUUAUGAUGUACCAUGAGGGAGGCUGGAGUAUGGGUGAUCUUACGGACGAAGAUUUGAACUGCAGGAUGUUUGCGCGGGACCUGGGAGCAGUUUGUGUCAAUGUAGAGUAUCGCCUCGCCCCAGAGCACAAAUUCCCCAUCGGAGUCAACGACUGCUGGGAUGCACUCAAGUGGGCUGUUACAAAUAGCAACCAGCUAAGAGCCACUCCAUCGUGCGGCCUAAUUGUCGGUGGUGCAUCAGCAGGCGGAAACAUCGCAGCAGUCAUUGCUCUCCUUUCCCGCGAUGAGAAAUUCCAACCUCCGAUCACCGGUCAAUAUCUAUGCGUUCCAGUACUACUCCCCGAUACAAAUGUUCCACCACAUCUCCCCCACUUGUAUGAAUCCCGCACCAAAAGCAUCAACGACCCUGUUCUAAAGGGCCUGCAACCCGGGAUGAUUGAAGCAAUCUACGGGCCAGAUGCAAAGUCUCCGUUGUGGGAUCCAUACAGUCAUCCUCAGGGCCAUGAAGGCGUCGGAAAAGCAUUUUUCCAGGUUGGUGGUCUGGAUCCGCUGCGUGACGAGGCGGUGUUGUAUGAUCGAGUGUUGAGGGAGAGUGGUGUUUUGACGAGGUUCGAGUUGUAUAGUGGGUAUGGACAUAUGUUCUGGACGAAUUAUCCUGAACUGGAAGCUAGCGUGGGCUUUGUUGAGGAUACGUUAAUCGGUGUGAAGUGGUUGCUUGAGAAGUAGGGCUGGGGCAUGAUGGAAGG